CGGCACAGAGGUUCCAGCUGUAUCGGGGCUGGAGAACUGCUGGGGAGAACCACAAGCUGAGAAUCAGUCCUCAUCUCUGGCUGCCCCCGUCACCCCCUCCCCUCAUUGCCUUUCAUUGGAUGAGCAAGUCAUACAAUCCAGGAAGUAAGAAAAUCUAUCACUGCUUGGUUGGAUUUUCUUGGUUUCAGUUUUUCCACGCCUGAUGAGUACUGCAGAGGCACAGCGAAGCCUGCAGCUUCCAUACCCAUCCUGAGAGCAAGUAACUUAUUCGCACAACUUAAACACUUAAUAACUAAACGGAAAGCAAGGCAGCGAAUGAUUCCCGACAUGGCUGAAUUUAAGUCAAGCUGUGAAGCUCUAAGGGCAGCCAGAAAUGGACAUGGACAACAGGAACUGAAACCUGAGAGCUUCUGAGGGGCUUUGGACCACUGCUUCUCAGCAGUUUUCCCUAAAUUAGCAAGAAAGCCUGGACCCUGGGUGAAACGGAGAAAUGGACACAAGUCGCCUGAGUGUCACCAUUCUCUUGGUUUUAUCCACCUUUAUCCAACCAAAUGCCCACGGACAAAGCCUGGAACCAGAGCCAUUUGGAAGAAGAACUCGAGCUCUUGAAACAAGCAAAACACCGCAUGAGACAAAGACCAGAUUCCUGCUCUUUGGAGAAACCCAUCGGGGCUGUCAGAUUCAAAUUGAUCGUCUGGACAGGCUACAGGAGUGCGGCUUCAACUCCUCUCUGCCUCUGGUGAUGAUCAUCCACGGGUGGUCGGUGAAUGGCAUACUAGAAAACUGGAUCUGGCAGCUGGUGGCCGCACUGAAGUCUCAGCCGGCGCAGCCAGUGAACGUGGGGCUGGUGGACUGGAUCGCCCUGGCCCAGAACCACUACACCAUCGCCGUCCGCAACACACGCCUCGUGGGCAAGGAGGUCGCGGCUCUUCUCCGGUGGCUGGAGGAGUCUGUUCAGUUCUCUCGAAGCCAUGUUCAUCUAAUUGGCUACAGCCUGGGUGCACACGUGUCAGGAUUUGCCGGCAGUUCCAUGGGUGGAACACGCAAGAUCGGGAGAAUCACAGGGCUGGAUCCUGCGGGCCCUUUGUUUGAGGGAAGUUCCCCCGGCGAUCGUCUUUCUCCAGAUGAUGCCGAUUUUGUGGAUGCCAUUCACACCUUCACCCGGGAGUACAUGGGCCUGAGUGUGGGCAUCAAACAGCCCCUAGGGCACUAUGACUUCUACCCCAAUGGGGGCUCCUUCCAGCCCGGCUGCCACUUCCUAGAGCUCUACAGACACAUCGCGCAGCACGGCCUCAACGCCAUCACCCAGACCAUCAAAUGCUCCCACGAGCGAUCAGUGCACCUUUUCAUUGACUCCUUGCUGCACGCUGGCACGCAGAGCACGGCCUACCUGUGCAGGGACAUGGACAGCUUCAGCCAGGGCCUGUGCCUGAGCUGCAAGAAGGGCCGCUGCAACACGCUGGGCUACCACGUCCGCCAGGAGCCGCAGAGCAAGAGCAAGAGGCUCUUCCUUGUGACUCGAGCCCAGUCCCCCUUCAAAGUUUAUCAUUACAACUUCAAGAUCCAAUUCAUCAACCAACGUGAGAAGCCAACAGAAACCAUUUUCACCAUGUCCUUACUCGGAACGAAAGAGAAAAUGCAGAAAAUUCCCAUCACUCUGGACAAAGGAGUUGCUAGUAAUAAAACGUAUUCCUUUCUCAUCACGCUGGAAGCGGACAUCGGUGAGCUGGUCAUGAUCAAGUUCUGGUGGGAAAGCAGCGCAGGGUGGGCCAACGUGUGGGACACGGUCCAGACCAUCAUCCCGUGGGGCCCCAGGCCCCCCGACUCGGGCCUCCUCCUGAAGACGAUCAGAGUCAAGGCCGGGGAAACCCAGCAAAGAAUGACAUUUUGCCCAGAAAACACAGAUGAUAUACAACUUCGCCCAACCCAGGAGAAACGCUUCGUGAAAUGUGAAUUAAAGUCUAAAAACUCAAAGCAAAAGAUCAGAUGAGAUUUAAUGAAGACCCAGUGUGAAGAAUAAAUGAAUCUUACUCCUAUCUGGAAUGGCUGCCUUAUUUAGAAUCCAAGAUUACAAAAAGAACCUCACAUAAAGUUAAAAUAAGAUUUAGAUUUAAAGGGGAUAUGUUUCACUCUCACAAGCUGAGCUUUUCAAAACUAUGAUAGAACUAUUUUCCGGUAUUAGUACAACUAAAACUUUCCCAAUUUUAUCUCUAAUUAAAUAUUAAUUUAUGCAAAUCAGUGCAAG